UGGGUUCAUCGGUGUGAGGGUCUAAUUGGUUGAGCCUCCUGGAAAGCCCAUUGGCCCCCCAAUCCCCACAGCCGCCCGCCCGCACCUCUCCUCCUCCGGUCCUCCCUCGUCUCAGCCGCCACCCCCACGAACCCUAGCCGCACCCUCCUGCAUCUGUCCUCCUCCCCCUUCCUGGUCCGCCCCAAGCCCCUCCUCGUCUCAUGAGCUAGCCGAGGAAAAGCGGGGUGGCGCGACGCCCUGGUCGUCGGCCGGCGGGGAGCCUGCGUAGAGGCGGUGGCGGAGACGACCCUAGAUGGGCCAAGAUCUGGACAGGGCGCCUCAACCUCGCCUUCCUCUUCCACCUACUCGCUGAUAGAGAGACAGCAGCAGCGGUGGGAGGAGCCUGGGCGUAGAGGAGAGAAGUGGACGAGGGGGGUGCAAAGCCAGGAGAUGGGGGUCGCCAGAUGAGCACAGCCGCACAGGGCCUGAUCCCGCCGCUGCCAGAGCAGAGUGGAGGACCACACGGGCCUGAAGGGGUGGCCGGGAGCGCACGGCAUCCGGCUCCCAAGCAGGGAAUGUAGCGGUGUUGGCCUCUCCUCUCCCCGCGCCUCUGUCCUGCGUCGUCACUACCGCCACGGCCUUGCUCGCCAUUGACCUCCCCAAGUGCUUCUCUCCACAAAUGGUGCCGCCAUGUACAGAUCAAUUCAAGCGCCAGGAAAGUACAACACGUGCACGUAACUUGUUUGAGGAAAUUCCAUCUGGAAGCAAUAUUUGAUCAUGACUUGUGUUCUUGAUGCUUCAUCUGCGGCUAGCUGACUACAACAGCACAUAUGUAAAGGGAAACCAUCGUAAGAAACACAGAUCAGCUCUUCAUUCUUUCAAGCGCUAUGUUGCUUACUCAAAUGUUUGUGGCGAUUGUAUCCUUGUGCCAUGAAUAUUUGUACUUAGCAGAUCAAUAUAAACAUAUUGGCUAUUUACCAAUUCAGAAUUUAAAGCACUUUAUUUUAUGGCCUUGAGUAAAAGUUCAGUCGUUGUUGGCUGGAAGACAUCUUCAAUACGCCGUCAACACGAGCUUCCCAAGAAAGAAGAUUUUGUGGAUGAUGUAAGAUAUCCACAUGUUGUAUAUGUGGAAAAACCAAAGGCUCAGGAUGUUGAUUUUUCGGAUGAAAUGAUUUAUCAGGAAAAAACUACAAGUGAAAUGGAAGAAGUAACGCUCAAAAGCCUGAAUAGAAUUCCUUGGGAAAGGGUAGAUGUUAGCUUCAAGAGAAGUAGACAAUGGAUUUUUGCCCAUAGCACCAUUCAGGUCCAGUUGUCGUUGCCUUCACUUGCUUUGUCGUUUACCGAUCUGUCAGCUCGCCGGUUCCCUGACUUGCUGUCAAGUUGAGAUCGAGGAGAGAGCAAGCCGUUGCAGAGGAGAGGGGAUACAAGGGUGGGCGGAGGUCAGGCAUUGUUAACAGAUUUGCGGCAGAGUGGGAGAGGUGACGCCGGCCGGCCGGCGCCUCACCACCGGCUCCUGUUUGGCGGUCGCAAAGAGAAGGGUGCCGAGGAUGUGUUGCUCUAUGCAUGGCUGUCGAAGUACAUCAUCGUUAUGAUGUGUAUGGUUUCUCUAUUUUCAGCCCUACUGCUCCUGAGCCCAAAUCCCAUGACCAUGCCCCCACCUCUCCUUCGUUGAAUGGAGUCUGGUUGCUAAAAAGUGAGUUUUCUUAAUCAGUAUGUAUGGCCCCUCUGCACAUGCCGUUUCUUCGUAUUUAAGAGGCCCUCAAGCUUUGUCAGUUUUCUGAUAGAUAUGGAAUUUUAAUUUGAUAGUCCCAACAACAGUGGGUACUGAUGGAGCUAUCUAUUAUUUAUUGUCAAUCUGUAAUACUUUUGUCAGCUUCUAGCAUGCCGUUGCUCUACCAGAGUGCAAUUUUCUCUGCAUGGCAUACACCAGUUACCAUUAGUUGAUAUGUUUGUUGAAGUUUUAUUGCAAGUUAAAUAAAUGUGUAGUGUGGCAUACUGAUUAUUAUAGUUUGAUAAUGUCAGGCGCCGAUGGCUUUAGAUAUGUAAAUAAAAUACCUUUAAGUAAAACUAAGCAUUUAAUUAUUGUUCUGUUAUGUUAUUGAUUUCACCGGCUUUAUGUCGGCCGAUUAGUUCUGAAGGAUUCCACAUCGGCUAAUUUAGAUUAUGUUACUAGAGUAUUAGAAGAAGUUCCUGAUAUAUGUAUUUAAAGCAUUUGCUGAGAUUUGAUGCAAAAUAUUGAUGACCAGGCAUUAUACUGCGCAUAAGCACAAUUUUUUAGUUUUUCUUUUUAUUGUUGCAACAGCUUUUCUAUAGCAAUAGCCAAAUAGUGUGACAUAACACUAUUCCAUUUUCACAGGCCAUAACACAUCUUUACAUGUAAGUUUGUUCUCUAGAUAGUUCUCUUUCCAAGAUUUUCAUAUCAUAUUUGUCGUGGGAUCUGACUGCUUUACCAUAUUUUCCUGGUGUGGACGAUGUUAUAGAGUGAGCUACCAUCACUUCUCAUUACUGACUGUCAAUAUAUAUGUGUUUAUGCCAUAAAAGAUGGAUAUUUGUCGAAGCCAUUGUCGUGUCAUGUAAUUACUUGCAGAUCAACUAUAUAGUUUUGUUCGGAUUGUAAAGUGGAAACGAUAAAACCCUACAACUCCUGUGUGAUUGUCAUUUGAUUAUUUACUUUCAAGUAGUAUGGAUAUGGUGCUGCCAGGAUAUUAAGUACAUUCAUGAAGUUGUAUAAACCACGUUCUACGAUUCA